AUGGCUCAAGCUCUGACUACCACAGAUUUGCAGGGUGCCUUGCCCCUUGUCGCUAGAGGCAAGGUCCGCGACCUCUAUGAAGUCGACGAUAAGACUCUCCUCUUCGUUGCGACCGACCGCAUCUCCGCGUACGAUGUGAUCAUGGAGAAUGGUAUCCCUAACAAGGGUGUUCUUCUCACCCUCUGCACGCAGACGUGGUUCAAGGCCCUGACGGAAGCCAACCCCUCCCUCCGCACCCACUUUAUCACCCUCGACCUCCCGCCCCAGAUCCCGGAAUCCCUCCGUCCUAUCCUGCAGAACCGGAGUAUGCAGGUGCGCAAGCUUCGCAUUCUCCCCAUUGAGGCAAUCGUCCGCGGCUACAUCACCGGCUCAGCAUGGAAUGAAUACAAGAAGUCUGGGACCGUGCAUGGAAUUCAGGUCCCCGCCGGUCUGCAGGAGAGCCAGGCUUUCCCCGACGGCCCUAUGUACACCCCCAGCACGAAGGCAGAGCAGGGCGAGCACGAUGAGAAUAUUCAUCCGGAUCAGGCCGUCGCCAUCCUGGGUGAACCCUACGCCUCGACUGUUGCCAAGAUGGCCAUUGAGCUCUACAAGACAGCGCAUGAGUACGCUCUCGCGCGGGGUGUGAUCAUCGCCGAUACCAAGUUUGAGUUUGGAGUCGACGAGGAAACUGGUGAGGUUGUGCUGGCCGAUGAAGUCCUGACGCCCGACUCCUCUCGCUUCUGGCCUAAGGAAUCUUACGCUAUCGGUCGCGGCCAGUCCAGCUUCGACAAGCAGUUCCUGCGUGACUGGUUGGUCAGCGAGGGUCUUAAGGGUAAGGAAGGUGUGCGCAUGCCUGAUGAUAUUGCCCUUAAGACGGCGGAGAAGUACAAGGAGGCUUGGGAGAAGAUCACCGGUGGUAAAAUCUAG